AUGCUCUCGCUAACCUUCCGCUUUGGCGCGCCAGCAGACGCCCCUUUCCUCGCCGACCUCGUCCGUAGGGCAUACCGCGGAGAAGAGGGGUGGACGACCGAGGCUGCGAUGCUCAACGACGAGCGAAUUGACACCAAAACUGUGCUCGCAAAAAUGCAAGAUCCGAUGACGCGAGUGUUGGUGGCGACAGACGAGCAAGGAAAAAUUGUUGGCUGCUGCGAGAUCAUGCACAAGCCAGAGAAUAACAUCGCCUAUUUUGGGAUGUUUGCGGUCGAGCCAAAGCUACAAGCGGGCAGGGUUGGGCGCCAGUUGCUGAGCCACGCUGAAAAAAUGGUGGUCGAGGUGUGGAAUAUCCAUCUGAUGGAGAUGGUCGUGAUCGCGCAACGGGAGGAACUGAUUGGGUGGUACAUCAGACGGGGGUAUACCGACACGAAAGAACAACGGCCAUUCCCCUUCGACAAACUGAUAAACGGAGUGGCUCUCCGGGACGACUUGUAUUUUACGGUGCUGGUGAAAACAGUUUAG